AAUCAUUCGAAGAUGCCCCCACCCCACACCUGACCACUCCGGCACUCCGGAACACGAUCCCAUCUACCACCAUGGCGGAGUCCGCUGGCGGAUGCUGCCGCUGCUGCUGCAGCUUCAUCUUCACUCUGGGCCUCACUGCCCUCUUCAUGUGGCUCAGCCUCCGCACCUCCAACCCCACCUGCUCGAUCCAGGACUUUUACGCCCCGUCUCUCAACAGAACCCUCAACACCACUAAUAGCAGCUUGUAUUUCGACCUGAAGCUCGAUAAUGGGAACAAGGACAAGGGCAUCUACUACGACCCCAUCAACCUCACCUUUUACUAUGGCUCCACCCCGAACUUUUCGGUGGGCAACCUGACAGUGCCUGCGUUCUACCAGGGGCAUAAGAAGAACGCCCGCCGGAAGAUGUUGGUGCAGACGGCAUCGGUGCCGUGGACGGAGGCGCGGAACAACGGGACGGUGUGGUUCAGGAUGGAGCUGCAGACAAAGGUGAGGUUCAAGAUCUUGUUUUGGAAUACAAAGCGCGAGAAGAUCUCGGUGGGCGCUCCGGUGGAGGUCAACGCCACCGACGGUAAGAAAAUCCACAAGAAGGGCAUUAAACUCAAGUCCGGCGCACCGGAGCGGUGGAGGAAUCGUGCGCCGGUGGGCCUAUUGGGCAUUUUGGCUACGGGGAUUUUAGUUGUUUUUUGAUUAAUUUUAUUGUUUGAUGUGAUUUGAGACGUUGGGUGGUAUGGUCUGACGGGUGGAGGGUUCCGAUUGGCUGAAGUAAGUUACAUUGUUGUUGUUGUGGUUGUUUUUUUUUUUUUUUUUUUUAAGUAGCGGCGACUUGUAUCGGGUCAACUGAUUUUGGAUUAACGAAAGGGAAACGAAAUGUGUGGCUCCCAUCAUUGAUAGAUUCAA